AAGCUUUCGUGGCAGCGGUGGCGACAGAAGAAACGCUCGAUACAUUGAAUUAUUGGCUGAUAGCAUUUUCAGCAGGGUUCAUUGGAGCCGGAGUGUUGUUCAUGAGAAUACUGUCAGCCGGUGCCGUCGGAUUAGUUGCGGCAAACAAAUACAGGCGAAUUGCAUCGGAUGUUAUCGAUUUCAAAUAUCUUUCCCAGGCCGCUAGUGUGGGUAGCCUUUGCGUCUAG